AUGCCUCCGAAACGGACGACGAAGGCUACCGCGGACGUCACGCUCCCGGACGACCUCCUAACAUACCCGUUCAUCACGCUCCCUCCUGCUGGGGAUGGGGCUGAGAAGCAAGGAUCAAACGACACGGUCAAUGUUCAUGCUGCCACGGACAAUGUUGCUGGGUUCGUCAAGGAAUCGGCCACUGCUGCUGCUGUUGCUGGUGGCUCUGGUCUGUCAGUGGAAGAGAAGAGUCAGGACCAUCAGGCUCCCACCGUUGUGGCUGACGAUUUCCUGGAAGAUGAUGAGGAUGAAGAGCUGGAGAUUGACAUCGCCAAGGAAGACGCUUUCCGUUUGCGCUAUACUGCAAUCUUACUCAUUCCGAUGGUGCUUUCACAGGAGAUUAAGGCCACCAUUGCUGCAGUCCGUCUUCUGAUGACGAAAGUCUGGAGCCCGUCUUUAACUGAAAACGCUGGGGUUACGGCCAACAUACAAGAGAUGUCACCUGGUUACGUUGCGAAGACGCGCUUUUGCCGGCUUCAUAUCUCCUUCUUGGAUGAGAGGUAUGCGCAUCACAUCAAGUUUCACGUUUUCGAGAUCUCCGACUCACCUGGGAUCCUGCAGGCCGCGACGCAGUAUUUCACAGACCUGUUUGGUACUGACGGCCGGACGUCGGCGGAGAAGUGGAAACCACAUGCUAGGAGGAAGUUGGAUGCAGAGGUCGCGGCUGGGCUCGCGGCUGACUGGACGGAGGCAGAGGUGAAGCAGGCUUUCAAAGCGCUUGCGGACGGCAAAUCCCCUGGGAAGGAUGGACUCCCUAAAGAGCUCUUUGAAAGGCACUGGGACGUCCUUGGCAAAGAGUUUCUCCGCAUGGCGCAAUCCUUUGCUGCUUCAGCUUCUAAUCCUGCAAGCAUCAAGGAAGCGGUUACUAUUCUGCUCCAUAAAAAAGGCGAGAAGGAUAACUUGGAUAACUACCGUCCAAUCACAUUACUGAAUUUCACGUACAAAGUGUUGGCGCGGGUGGUGGCGAAUCGGAUGAAGCCGCACCUGCACAAUGUGAUUUCGGCGGAGCAGUACGGUUUCAUCCCCGGCAGGAGAAUCUCAUAUGCCAUCGGUGUGGUUGCUGAUGUUAUUGAGGCGGUGAAAAAAGGAAACAAAGACUGGUAUAUGUUGCUGGUGGACUUUCGCAAGGCUUUUGACUCAGUGUCAAGAAGCUUCCUCUUCAGCGUCCUCAGGGAAAUGGGCUUCCCGGAGAGAUUCGUCGGUUGGGUGGAAGGUCUGCACAAUGACACCGGAACGAGCUUGCUGAUUAACGGCUGGUUGGGGGAAGCAGUGGAUGUGAAAUCCGGGGAAGCAGAGCGACGAAAGCUUGGCCUCUGCAAUAAGGCAAACCAGAGGUUAGCGUACGUUGGCUACACAGACGACACGACACUCUUUUUGGAAGGGAAAAGACAAAUCGCCAGGGCUGAGAAGCUGUUAGCCUGGUUUGCCGGGCUGUCGGGGCUGCAGACGAACAAGAGCAAGUCGGUGAUCCUCCCGAUCGGCCACAACAUUGGGAGAAGGCCGGACACGCUGGGAGGUUUUAAAUGGGCUAAGGCGGACGAGGCGGGAAGAGUCCUGGGCGUUUGGGUCACCCCCUCCGGAAGCAGUGAGCCAACCUGGAAGCGGGCUUUCGAAAAAAUAAUUGUGGAACUGAUAAAGUGGAAGGCGCUGUUCCUCACAAUCGCGGCGAGGGUUGUGAUCAUCAACUGCUACAUCACAUCGAGGAUAUCAUAUCAGGCACAGGUGUAUCCCCCAACAGAGGAAAUUUGGAAGAAGCUCAUGAAGCUGAUUCACAACUUUCUAACGGGCAACAAUGCAUCUGCAGAGAAAGGCUUUGUGCUGUGGAAUUGGGGGUUGCUUACCACACCGAAAGCUGACGGAGGCCUCGGAGCUUUAGACCCGGCGAUUCUACUCGCCUGCCUUGCUGCGAGAAGAAUCGGCUGUUUGCUGCUGGAGGAGAAUGGAAAAAAAAUAGAGGAGAUUUUGCUCAAGGCGGCGGGGUUACCGCUCGGGGAAGACACGUUUCUGGCCCACGAAAGGCUGUUGAAGCACUGGCCGGGGGAUAAUGAGCGUUGGUUGCGGACGUGCGAGACCUUCAUGAAAUCUCCAAUUGCAGACACCGGGAUGUCCCGCAGCAGGGAGGAGGUGGCGCAGGAGAGAGUGGUUUUCAACCGGAAGCUGCUGUUGAACGGCACGAACCCGGUGGGGAGGCAGAAGGAAGCUAAGGGUCUCUGGGAGAUGCAGCUGGGUGACCUAGUAACCGCGCAGCAGGAUGGUGUGGUGGUGAUUAAAGACAUCGACACGCUAGAGCGGGAGCUGCACAGCAGGGACUCAGCUCGGCUGGCUCUCAAAGCACUUGAUGCAGCGCCGCAGGAGUGGAAAGCAAUGCUCACCCCGGAGACUAGAGAUGAGGGCGCAGAGUCUGAGGGGCAAAACUCGUCAGGCAUUCGCGGAGGAAGGGAACAUGCAGCGGCAACAAUUUUCCGUUCGGCGGUUUUCACGAAUGGGCAGCUGUCAUUCCUGAAGCAGUUGAGGGAAUCGUGGGCCACGCCAGAUGCGCCUCAAGCCAAAACAGCCGAGAACUUGAAGAGUAGAAAGAUCUUCGUUCGCGUUAACCGCUCUCUUCUAGUCAUCGUGAGCUCCUACUCAGUUUCAGAUCGUGUCAACACUCACUUUCAGCAUGUGUUACACUCCAAUUCAUGUUACCGGGUUUCUCGAUGCUGGCGGGUCUCGCGAGUGACGCUCACGCCCAGAGUCAGCAAGGUGAGAAGACACAAUGCGACAGAGGCGCUCCUCUCGAUUCUUGGUGUUCGGGUCGAGGAAGUGGAAGAGAGGACGAAGGGACGAAAACAAAGCGGCGGCUGGUGCCCUCAGCAUGCUCGUUCAAAUGCCACAGAAUACAGCCUUCGCUACACUCUCGUGCUUACCGGACCAGCCACCGCACCCAAACGAAUCGCCUUAUAUCAGAGACAGCAGCAGCAGCCGGUCAUCACGGUCCCCCUUCCCCCCCUCGCCUGCGCACAGCCCGCGCCUUCCGUGUGGCACUGCUCGGGCGCUCCUGCCUCGCCUCCCCUCCCCACUGCUCCCCUUGCCGCCCUCCUUGCUGCUGCGUCUGCUGGCACUGCCGGUGGUAACACAGCGGCUAGCACAGCGGGUGGUGCCACUGCCGGUGGUAACACUGCGAGUGGUACCCCUGCGAGUGGUACCAGUUGCAUUGGUUUCUCUGCUGCAGUGGUGGGCGCUGGGAGCAGCAGCAUUGGCGCGCUGACUCGAGCCAAGGCGUUCUACGCUGAAACGCCCUUGCCAAGAUCAACUACCUCAUCAUCGUUACUAGCACCACUCAACCCUUCCAACUGGCACAACCAUGGCGGCUCAAGGAUCCCCAGCAGCCAAGGCGGUAGCAGCACUGCCAGCACUGCCGGCAGAGGCGAGUAG